AAAUUAUAUACCAUUGAGAUAAUUGAAAAUAAGAGAUAAAUACAAUUCUAUUCAUAUUUUUUUAUGGUAUUAGAGCUAAAUCUCUAAAAAACUGAUCCUAUGGCUACCAUUACCUAAUGUUCUUCCUUCGAUAUAACUCUUGUUCCCGAAACUGUCACUCUCUCAAAUCUUGGCAGUUCUGAUUUCUUUGUUCCCCCUCAUCACUGUUCACAAACUCUUGGGUCCAAAUUAUGUUCAAUGGUCUCAAUUAGUUUUGAUGUACAUGCGAGGUAAAAUGAGAGACGACUAUAUCAUUGGAGUUAUAGUUGCACCACCUAAGGAAGACCCCAAAUUCAAAGUCUGGAUUGCUGAGAACAACAUGGUGAUGUCAUGGUUAAUCAAUUCCAUGAUGUGGAAAUUGGCAAAAAUUAUGUUCUACGACACGGCUAAAGAGAUUUGGGAUGCAACCAAGGAAACUUUUACAAACAAAGGAAAUACAUUGGAAUUAUUUGGGGAAGAAAACAACCUCAAUGAUCUUUGUUAAAGAGACCUUAAUGUCACCUGAUACUUCAAUUUGUUUUAUUGUCAAUGGCAACAACUAGAUCGGUUUGAGGUUUAUGACUAGGAAAGUCCUAAUGAUAGCCUAAAAUACAAGAGUAUCAUAGAGAAGAAAUGCGUAUUCAAGUUUUUGAUGGGGUUAAAUCCAAGCCUCGAUGAAGUUUGCAGUCAUAUAUUGGGGAAAAAGCCUUUGCCAUCACUUCAAGAAGCCUUUUUUGAUGUUCGCGUGAAAAGAGUAGGAGGAAGCUAAUGCUUGUAGGGCAAACAAGUGACUCAAACCAUCCAAUCUCAAUUUCAAAACUAUCAAACACUAUUAUUGGAAUAGGACUUAGAUUCGGGGAAGACGAUUGGCAAUGUGUUAGAGCUCGAGUUUACGUGAAGAAGAAGAGAGGAGGCAAGAAGGCAGAGCUGAAAAAACAAGCUGAGGAGUUAGCUGACAGUAACGGUGAAGACAUCACUGGAAAGGCCAUUAUACUAACAGAGUGCUACAAUUCCAAAACAGGGGGGAACAAUAUCGUUGAUGAUUUUGGUGAGCAGUCUGGAGGGACUCCAGAUGGCAGCAACUCAGGAGCAGCAAAAGCAACAGACAGGCAGCAAAAGUAUGGGGAUCUGCUGGAAAAGAAUGGCACCUUAAAAAUAUUAGAAGCUGAGCUGGCGCAUGAGGAUUGGUGUAGUCACAGUGAGGAGACAAAUGAUAAAGGCUGGGCAAGAAAAGGAAUGGGGGAUACGGAAGAAAAGAAGAAGGAAUAGGAGGAGAGGACCAGCCCCUGAGUAGCUGGAAAAUUUGUGGCGUAUUAGUGUUUAUGUUCAUGUUUUGAUUGUGCGGCUUUUAUGUAGGAUUUCUGGAUAUUAUGCAGUUGUGUUAUUUUGUUAGAGCAGAUGUGCUCUUGAACCUUUAUUGAUUUAUGAUUGCCAAGUUUAUGGGAAUGUGAUCAUUUUAUUAA